AUGGAGAGGCCGAACUACCAAUUGUACAGAAACACCACACUUGGUCAGGCUCUUCAGAAGACGCUGGAUGAGUUCGUCGGCGAACAAAUGAUCACCGAGGGUUUGUCGAAGCGCGUGAUGGAAUCGUUCGACAAGUCGUUUAAUCGGAUUCUGUCGCAAAAGGCGAAGAAUAAGGUUGUGACAUUCAAAGGAGAACGAUUGCGCGCUUAUCGCUAUUGUGAUAACGUUUGGACGUUUAUCAUGGACAAUGUUGAUUGUCGCGAGGUCACCGACAAGGGAAAGGUAGAUCGUCUCAAAAUUGUCGCAUGCGACGGAUCGCAGAAGAAUGUCCUUCCAGCAGCUUCAUAA